AUGUUGCGCUCUCUUCUUGGCCUGAUAUGCUUUGCCAGACAUGUGUCGCUACACCUGUCGCUAUUGUCUUCCAUUCAUCAAGGCAUACGUGUAAGAGUCAAUGCAAGCAAUUGCAUUCAGUACGACACUGAGGCAUACUUGAUGGUGGAACGCUGGUCUCCUCAUUCAGACUGCGAAUUCGGCACAGAAGAGGUGACGCCCAAAGGAUGCUGGUCAUUCGCGGGGAAGCGAACGUCGAGAUCAAUGCCAGAUGACGAAGAGGCAUUGAGCACUGGUUUCCACUCAGAACCAAGACAGGAAGCAACAAUCUCGUGCAAGACAAUCUCCUCGGAGCACAUUGCUGAUCUGAUUUACAGCACAGCCAGAGCCCGCGUAGAUCUGUGUUUACACGUUAUGAAUACGAGCCAAGCCUCGUUUUGGGAUGUCCUCUUUCGAGAUCCAGUCUCGAAAAGCAUCAUUCAAGAUACGACAUGUGAGUGUACGAUAAAGAUGGCCGUUCAGCGUAUCACGACGAAUCCUCCAAGGAGCACCAACUUAGAGAUCCUUUCUAAUUGCCUUUUCUGUCGUCCCAACCCGUUCGAUGUGGGCUACUGCGCGACCAACAGAUUGGUCGACCGGAUGUUCAGUUUCGACAUGGAUCUUCGACGAGAAACGUGGUAUCCCAAGCUUACCCAGCAAGACGACAGCCGAGCUCAUCAAAUACAUCACGGAGGAUGGGGAAACCUUGUCGGGGAUCAGACGUUGCCAUUCAAUUGCGACGCGGAACUCAGGGACGAGUUUGCCAAUCAGAUCGACAACAUGCUCUCCAAUGACAACUGCACCAUCAAGUUUUACAAGCGAGCCGACCCCUUGUAUGGUAACAUCGGCAUCUGUUGUAUUGGAGUUUCAGAGCACAUGAGCCCAAUCAUCAAGCGGCUUGCGCUUUUGUAUGAAAACGAUCCACUCGGUUUGGCUCACAGGAAGCAGAGACAGGCCGAAGUCAAUAGUGUUCUUAACGAACUCAGACGCUGGUGUGUCAAUGCGACUAUUCACAAUGAUUUGCAGGAACGUCUCGUGGAAGGCUGGAGGGCUGAGCUGAGCAAGUAUGUUCAGGUGCCUGAAAUGAUGUUCUAUUAG